CUCUACAGUCUGCCCAUUGCUUUCACAAAUGGGGGGAAAGGGGAGAGAAUAGAAAGCAGAGCAUUUUUGUCCUGAGAUGGAAGGGCACGAUCGUCAGUACAAGCCUCUCGCCAUCUCCAAUUUUCCUUCUCCGACCUCUGCCCACUCCAUAUAAACCCAUUUCCUUCUCCAUCUCCUGAAAGAAGGAAGAAAGAAAAAUAGAAAAACACUCUCUCUACCCCAAUCUCCAUUUCUCUCUGUAGAAAAGCCGCUCUCCGGGGAACCCCAAAUCGUUCCCCUUCUGAAAUUACCCCCCGCCUCUUAUUCUGAGUAGUGAUGGGUGUGAGCUGCUGCCGGUGCUCCCAUACUUCCCACAUCACUGAGAUAAUCAUCACCAGCUUCUUUCGCCAUAAGUCCGAAAUAUAGAUCACCGUAAUCAAAAGUGGAAAGAAGGAGAAGAGACUCGGUUUUUCGCUGCGCUGUGACACUCGAUUCGGAGAAGUGUUCGAUUUUUUUACAGUGAAGGUUGUUUUGCCUGAGCUUGCCUUGUCAAUGGCAGCUUGAGGGGAACACACCAACGAACAACAAGAAAGGAACUUGUGGGUGGGGAUCUAAGCAACAAAACAACUCACCUGUUUUCUUUUUUCCAUUUUCUCGCAAUCUUAGAAAGAAAAAAAGCUACUGACUUUCAGAAACACCAUGGCGGCGUGUGCUAGCGGCGGCGGCGGCGGCCGCGACGUUGGCGGUUUGGGUACUGUCCUGCUUCAGACCCAUCGAGGUGGCGCUUCUCAGCCCCUUGAAUCGUUCUUCCUGCCUUCGUCUUCUUCUCCUUCUUUCCUCGGUCCAAGAUCCAUAGUCCGUUUCGACGAUUCGAACGGAUCAGCAACAAGCAGGCCCUUCUUCACCUCAUUUGAUGCCGACGACAACGGCGACGACGAUUUAGACGAGUAUUUCCGGCAACCGGAGAAGAAGAGGAGGCUCUCCGUGGAUCAAGUCCAGUUUCUCGAGAAGAGCUUCGAGGUGGAGAACAAACUGGAACCCGAGCGCAAAAUCCAGCUGGCCAAGGACCUCGGCCUGCAGCCUCGGCAGGUCGCUAUUUGGUUCCAGAACCGCCGCGCUCGGUGGAAGACCAAACGGCUGGAGAAAGACUACGACCUUCUCCAGUCUAGCUACGACACUCUCAAGGCCGACUACGAUGGCCUUCUCAGGGAGAAAGACAAAUUGAAAGCCGAGAUCAAUUCGCUGACAGACAAGCUGCAGCAGAAAGAGAAAGCGACGGGAAGCUUAGACUUGGCUCACAAUGAUGCAAUGUCUCGAGAAAUACCACUGGAGAAACCAAAUUUAGAUUCAGCAUCUGGUUGUAAGCAAGAAGACAUCAGCUCAGCGAGAAGUGAUAUAUUCGAUGCAGACAGCCCACAUUACACAGAUGGUGUCGUCCACUCUUCACUGCUGGAGGCUGGAGAUUCGAUCUCGUCGUACGUAUUCGAACCAGACAACCAGUCUUCGGAUCUUUCUCAGGACGAAGACGAUCAUCACAACAACAACAACAGCUUGUGCUGCAGAAAUCUACUCCCUGAUCAGUAUGUGUUCCCAAAGCUGGAAGAUGAGGACUACUCGGAUCCACCAGCAAGCUUCGAGGACCAAGCGUUCUGGUCUUCCUGGUCAUAAUCAAUCAAUCACUUGGCCGAUCUUUGGUAUAUAUAAAUAAAACAUGUGUGGUAAAAAUUAAAUGGUAAUGUUUUCUGCUUUUAAUUAUGGUUUUGUUUUUGCUGCUUAAGAGCAUAUGAUUAGAGUCAUGAUUGCAAAUAAAUAAGGAAUGCCUGAUCAAUUGAGAUAGAGAGAAACCCUAUGUUGUUGGAAAACCUCCUAAAAUGUGGUUAAUUGGGUGUUUCUCUUUUUUGUGGUGGUACCCAUUUUGUUGUCUAGUUAGUCCAUGAAAUCAAUGAUUGUGAUUAAAUAAAUGUACUUUUGGGUUAAUCAUCCUUUAAUGAAGUUGUGGGAAUCAAAGGUCAAACAAAAGCAAUGCUCUUUUGGUACGUGGAAGCAAAUUAGUAGCUUGAUUAGUGGGUGCGCCCUUUCCAAGGGCCACAAUGGUACUUAAGAGGAUGAAUCUGUGUUGUAGACUUGCAUUAGAAUAGAAGGAUAACAAAUAUGUACUCCCCAGUCCCCAUGAUGUGUCAAUGUGCAUCUUAAUUCUCAAGAUACAAAGUGGUAGUUUGCUAGUGGUGGAAGUCAAAAGUGGUCAUUCUUAUCAAUUGUCCUUUUUUCCUUUAAAAUGACACUAGGAUGGUUUUUUAUAUACUUUUUACCAAUCAAGAUUAUGACAUUGUUUCAUGUUUUUUACUAUAUGCAUUAGGUUAAAUACACUUGUAUAUUCAAAACUUUCACGGUUGUGCCAAUAAUAUCUAAAUUUCCCGAAAUACCACUUAUAUCCAAUUCCUUCACAUUCUUUAACGGUAUUUCUGGAUAUACAAGUGUAUUUAACCAAAAAUAUAUUUGGAAAUGGAUAGAUUUGGCAAAGAACAACUUUAAAACAUGGAUAUAAGUGGUAUUGUGGGAAAUUUGGAUAUUAUUGGCACAAUCGUGAAGGUUUUGGAUAUACAAGUGUAUUAGACCUAUGCAUUAUAGAGUACAUCAUUAAGGUAUUGGUUGGUGAUAUGUAGAUUAUAGGGUUAUAGGUAUAAUAUGUCUCUCUACUAUGACUUUCUAUCAAACAUGCCUCUCUAUUAUUUUUUACAUCAAACAUGCCCCUGUACUUUGAAAAAAUUAUCAAACAUGUAUUAAUUUUGAUUGAAAAAAUUCUCAAUCAUGGUUGAACCGAUAUUUAGACGACCCGACAUUGGCAAAUGGGAGAGAAAAUGAAAGUUUUGUCCCCCGUUUUAUUCCUCUAGGUCUCUUCAAAGUGAAAUUAUUUGAAUUAUUUGGCUAUACAAAAUAACCAAAAUAAAUUCUAAAGUGAAAUUAUUAGGGAUAUUUUAGACAUUUGUGUCGUCCAAACCAAAGCUCGGCCAUGAUUAAUGGUUUUUGGAUGAAAAUUUUAACACAAGGGCAUUGUUUGAUCAUUUUUACAAAGUACAUGGGCAUGUUUGAUGUAAAAAAUAGUAGAGAGCAUGUUUGAUGAAAGUCAUAGUAGAAGGGCAUAUUAUACCUAUAACCCUAAAUUAUAAAAAUAAGGUAUUUGGGAUAAUAGAGCAAGCAAUUCCUAGUUGUCUAUAACUUGCAUAACUUUGGAAAGCAAAAAUGACUUUGUUGAGCAAACUGGGUUGCCCAUUUUUUACUAUCGUGAUGGGUAGAUGUUAUUGUGAGUAAACAUUGUUGAAUUAUGAGUUUUUCAUGAUUUUAAUCGUUGGAUGCAUGAGAGGGUAAUGACAAAAUCACACACUCCAUCGUUGUGUGCAUAGAGUUACUAAAAAUCAAGGGACUAGGUGAUACACUAAUCGCAGCCACCUUAAAGUCUACCCAUAACAUAUAUACUAACCAAACUGAUUCUUUCAAGUGGUAAGCCAAAUGGAAACAGUGAACUCCAAACCAAAAAAGAAAGAAAUGAGUGAUGCGAUGGGGAAUGAAAGAUGGUAUUGGUG